CUCCGUGGCAGUUCUCUUUCUGUUCAAUGUGUGGGACUUGUUGUUGCCACCCCGAGCUGACUCGGGUGUUCCUCGUGGCUGUCAAACUGAAACCGCUUUAUCAUUAACCCAAAGUAAACAGACAUAGGCUACUAUCAACUUUUUUUUUUUGUAACUCUGAAACUGGACAAACCGAACAACUCCCACCGUUACUUAUAGUUGCUCGAAACUUGCAACAAAAUAAAGGGAAAGUAGCGUGAGUUUGAGCUCUUGAAUCUCACACUGUGCAUCUAACGGGACGUCUGGUGUAGGAGCGGAGCACGAAGAGGUGUAGUCUCCAUUCAUCCUUUGCUGGGUUGCUGCCACCUGCAAACAUGACGCGAAGGUCCUGCGCGAUUUAUGCGGUGGGGCUCAUCUGCGCUUCCCUGCUGGUCGUUGGGCUUGGCUUAAUCGUGGGUCAAGUUUUCCGUACCUUCAUGCAAGAACGCCUGAAAAAGGAGAUAGUGUUGGUAGAGGGCAGCCGUGUGUUUGAGUCAUGGAAAACCCCUCCCCCUCCCGUCUACAUGGAGUAUUUCUUCUUCAACGUGACCAAUGUGGACCAGUUCCUUAAAGGGUCCAAGCCAGAGGUCACUCAGGUCGGACCCUACACGUACAGGGAGUACAGGUAUAAGGAAAAUGUGACCAUGGUGGAAAACGGCACCAGAGUGUCCGCCUACAACACCAAAAGCUUUGUGUUCCUGAGUGACAAGUCUGUGGGUGACCCAACUGUUGAUAGCAUCACCACUGUCAACAUCCCUGCUUGGGCUGUGAUGGAGAAGUUGAAAAAUAAUUUCUUUAAAGCCUCGUUUAUAUCCAUCAUGAUGAACAAUUUGGGGAGCGGCCUCUUCACCACGCGCACCGUGGAUGAGUUGCUGUGGGGCUACGAAGACCCCUUACUGGCUCGCCUUUCUUCCUCCAGUCCUGAUGUGGAGAAAGUCUUUGGCCUCAUGUACAAGGCAC